AUGGCACUGACCGAAAAAGAUGAAUCUAAUGUCCGAUGGUUGUUGAAUUCAUUUAACCCCGAACCACUGGAGUUUUAUCGAUAUAUGAAUCGUAAAACAAAACAUAUUGUUACGAGUGCAUAUCAUUGUGCACUUUCGGUAAUUUUAUCAGCAAAAAAUGUUAAUGAAGAAAAGAUAAAGGUAUUCAAGAACAUUCAACAAAAAUGGAAGGAUGGCGAUUUCAAAAAUGAUUGGAAUAAGUACAUUGCAGAAAGAUCAGCGUCAGAAUCUGUUAAAGCGAGUCACAGCGUUCAAAGAAGCUACAAUUGUGAAGUUGCUUCAUACUCAUUAAAACGACAGCACAGUGGUCCAUCAACACCCAAUAAGCCAGCUACUAAACCAAAACUAAAACAAUUGUACCCUCAGGUUUCAUUUACAAAAAGAGUAAAGAUUGCUCGUGAAGAACUUCAAAAUAAAAAAUCUGAAAGUGAAGACUUGGUUAAAAGACAAGAUAACCAUAAUAAUCAGAAUCUAGAAGAAUCCGAAAGCAAAGCCCAGUUGAGUUGA